AUUCGAGGCAGUAAAAUCAGUAACAUCAUCGCCAUGGUUCACAUCAUCAACGGAGAAAUCGUGCAGGACAACGACCCGAGGGUGCUGAAUCGCAAGGCUAAGACGGCCGCCACCCAAUCGACAUCCAGUGGUAACAUCCGCCAAGGCAAUGUCCGCCAGACAACCGCAGCAUCCGCGGCCCCGCAACCCGGUGCGAACGCCAAUGCCGAUCCCCUGUCGCAACUUGCGACGGCCAUCGGGUUGGAAGGAUCAGUAGUCAUCCCUGCAUUUCCAGCCCUAAACCUUCCUAGCGUGGUGGUCGAAAAGAUCUACUUUGCUGUGCUUGCCGUGCUCGCGUACUUGUUCGGCGCUCGGGCGCUGGUUCUUGGAGCGGGCUAUUACAUCUACCUCACUCAACGGGACACGCCUCCGCCUCAAUAAGCUAACGUUAAGGCAUAUACGUAUGCAUGAAUACGGUGUCCGAUGAUUCGCG